AUGGCUGUUGCUGAAAUCUUUAUAGGCGCAUUUAUCACAGUGCUGUUUGAGAAGCUGGCCUCAGCUGACUUGAUCAGGUUGGCUCGAUCUGCAGGAAUCUAUUCCGAGCUCCACAAAUGGAACAACACCUUGUCUCAGAUCCAAGCCGUUCUUGUCGAUGCAGGCCAGAAGCACUUAAGAGAAAGAUCUAUUCAAGUAUGGCUGCACAAACUCCAGCAUUUAGCUUACGACAUAGACGACGUCCUCGAUGAUUUGGCCACCGAAGCUAUGCGCCGCCACUUGAAUGAAGAAACUUAUGCCACCACCACCACCAACUCUAGUAAGGUGCUGAAGAUCGUUCCAACUUGUUGUACUAAUUUCACUCCUCGUACAAUUAAGUAUGGCCGGAAAAUGAGUUCUAAGCUCGAUGAGAUUACAACCAAAUUGCAUCAUCUUGUUGAGGAGAAAAACAUUCUAGGGUUGGUUAAUAACGUUGAAAGGGGAAAUAGAGCAAGUAGAAGAUUGGAGGAAACUUCACUGGUUGAUGAAUCCAGAAUUGUGGGUAGAGAAAGUGAUAAAAGGGUUUUGCUGGAUAAGUUGUUGGGGGAUGAAUCAUGUAAUGAAAAUUUCAGCAUCUUGUCCAUAGUUGGUCUGGGAGGGAUAGGGAAAACCACUCUUGCUCAAGUUUUAUACAAUGAAAAGAAAGUGAAGGAUCACUUUGAACUUAUGGCAUGGGUUUGUGUUUCUGAUGAGUUUGAAGUGUUCAAUAUCAGUAAGGCUAUUUUUCAAGCUGUAGGUGGGGGGAACCAAGAUUUUGCCAAUCUAGAUCUGCUUCAGGUGGCCCUUACAGAAAAACUUUCAAAGAGAAGGUUUCUACUUGUUCUAGACGAUGUAUGGAAUGAAAACUACAAGGAGUGGGAGCUUCUCCAACGCCCUUUCAUGGUAGGGGCACCUGGAAGUAAAGUUAUUGUCACAACAAGGAAGACCACCGUUGCAUCAGUGAUGGACUCUGUUCACGCCUACCCUCUCGAGCUUUUGUCAAAUGAAGAAGCUCUUUCUUUAUUUGCUCAACAUGCGUUAGGUAAACAAAACUUUGAUUCACAUCCAACACUUAAAUUGCAUGGUGAAGGAGAGUUUUUCUUUAUGUUGGAUGAUAAGAUGAAUGCUUAUGAUCAAAACGAAGCUUUAGAGAAGUUCCACCAUCUUUCAUAUAUUCAACGAUAUGGAGUAUACAGAAAGUUCAAGGCAUUGCAAAGAGCCAGACGCUUGCGAACUUUCUUAGCAUUGUCAGUAAGGUUUUUAUAUUCCUGGCAAAGAUCCUCCUUAUCUAACAAGGUUCUUGUAGAACUAAUUCCCCAACUAAAGUUCCUAAGGGUGCUAAGCCUAGCUAAUUAUUCAAUCAAAGAGAUACCAGAAUCCAUUGGAGGUCUCAAGCAUUUGAGGUACCUCAAUUUUUCCAAAACCUACAUCACAUGUUUACCAGAACAAGUCAGUGACCUUUAUAACCUACAAAGCUUGUUGGUUACUGGUUGUCAUUUGUUAUCUAGCUUGCCAGAUAGUUGUGUAAAGUUAAUAAACCUACGACAUCUAGACAUUAGUGACACGCCACAGUUGACCAAGAUGCCCUUAGGGAUUGGUGCAUUGACAAGCCUACAAACUUUAUCCAAAAUCAUCAUUGGAGAAGCAAACGGGUUCAAAAUAUCCGAGCUUAAAGGGCUACUGCAUCUUCAAGGUCAAAUUUCAAUUACGGGGCUACACAAAGUGUUGAAUGCAAUACAUGCAAAAGAAGUCAACUUACAGCAAAAGAAGGGGAUUCGUGAUUUGGAGAUGGAGUGGAGUGAUGUCUUUGAUGAUUCCCGGAAUGAAAAUAUUGAAUAUGAAGUUCUUGAAGGGCUAAGGCCUUAUGAGAAGUUGAGAAGCUUGAAGAUUUUAAACUACUUGGGAAUGAAAUUUCCUAAUUGGGUUGGGGAUCCCUCUUUUGUUUGCUUAACCCAACUCACACUACGUGGGUGUAAGAAUUGUACGUAUUUACCAACACUUGGACAUCUACAAUCACUUGAGAAGCUGUGUAUUGAAAGCAUGAAUGGGUUGCAAAGACUGGAUUCCGAGUUUCUUCGGCCUAAAUAUUCUCAUGGCAUUGGAUUUCCAUCACUUCAAGUUUUGGAAUUUAGAGAUAUGCAAGGUUGGGAGAUUUGGUCAACCAUUGGUGGUGACAAAGAUGUGUCAUUUCCUUGUCUUUCUGAGAUUUCUAUCAUAAAUUGUCCAAAACUAAUGGAAAUGGCAAUUGACUUAAUACCAUCACUUGAGGUUUUACAUAUAGAAGAAUGCUCUGUAUCGGUGUUAAGAAGCUUGGUUGGUGUGUCUUCGUCAUUUCUAGAAUUGUCAUUGAAGAAUAUCAAAGGACUUACUCAACUACAUGGAGAAGUUUUAAAGCACCUUGGGUCACUUGAACAUCUGUAUGUCACGAGGUGUGAUGAGCUUAGAUACUUGUGGGAAUCAGAGUCAGAGGCAUGCAAGAUUCUUGUGAGUUUAUGGGAUUUGAGAGUAAAGUUCUGUAAAAACUUGGUGUCAUUGGGAAAGAACGAGGUGAAUUUGGAUUCGGAUUCGGGGAUUUGCCUUGAAUCUAUUAGAAAAGUGGAACUUUUCAAUUGUCCAAGACUCGAGAGUUACAAUUGUCCAAAUGGUAUCCAAAACUUGGAUAUAUACGGUUGUCGUUCAAUUACAUCUUUGACUUUCCCAACACUGCAUGAUCUCCCAUCUACUUUAAAGAUUCUUAGCAUUUGCUAUUUUGAUAAUUUUGAGGCAAAUUGUCUUCUCAACAAGUUUUUGUCAUCACUCGGGUAUCUUUCAAUUGCUAGGGUUCCGAAUCUCUCUUCAUUUCCCGAAGGUUGUUUAGUUCAUCUCACUAAACUGAUAAUCCGUGGUUGUGAUAACAUAGAAUCCAUUCCAGAAAAAGGUUUUGGUUUUCUUCCCCUUUUUUGCCUCAGAUACCUCGAGAUCAAUUCCUGCAAGAAUCUCAAGUCAUUUCCUCAUGAGCAUUUGCAAAGUCUCACAUCAUUGGAAGAGCUGUGGAUAAGAGAUUGUCCAAAUAUGGACUACUCAUUCCCUUGUGUUUUGUGGCCUCCUAAUCUAACUACCCUCACAAUAGGAGGAUUAAAGAAGCCCAUGUCGGAGUGGGGUCCACAAAAUUUCCCUACCUCACUUGUUAAACUCAGUUUAUAUGGCAAGAAUUCGGGGGUUGUUCCAUUUGCAAAGUCAGAAGAAGAUGUGAGAAAUGGGAAUAAUACAACUUCUUCAUCUUUUGUUGUUCCACCAUCUUUAACUUUAUUACAAAUCCAUGGUUUUAUGGAGUUGGAAUCGGUUUCAGAGGGGUUACAUCACCUGACCUGCCUUGAAGAACUUCUUAUUCGAUCCUGCCCGAAACUUAGAGAUCUGCCCGAGAUGCUGCUGCCUAAACUUUCACAAAAGGCAAGUAUUGGCCUGUUGUCUCCCAAAUCCCUGACCUUGAUGUGGGUUGAUUAUAUUAUAUUACAUCACAGUAAUACCAAGAGGAGGAAAGAAGUUCAAAUGCAGAACAGGAUCCAUUCUUUUUCAAAGCUGUUUGAUAAUCACCAUUCAUUUAUUUGGUCGUUAUUUGCCGCAGGCAAGUAAUUCUUGAGGGUAUAUAUAAUAUAUGAGAUUUCCAAAUGUUGUUCGUAGAUUUAUAGAUGCAAGAUUUCCAAAUGUUGUUUAUAGAUUUAUAUAUACAUCAUUACGUGAAAACCGUAAAUAAAAUUCAGGAAUGACGUAUGUUAUUUAAGUUAUGAUACAAUUCCAUGUAUUUUUACAGUCACCAUUUGUGACACAUUGUAUUAUACAUUGAAUUCGUAAAGCCACCUCAAUCUUAUCAUCAAAA